AAUGCCUACAGUGUUCAAAGCAAUUGUCAAAACCAUCUGAAAUUAGAGGUUCACACGUGGUACCGAUACAUUUUGCUUUGACGAAGAGAGAGAGAGAGAGAACACCCUUAAUCAUGGCUGCCGUUGAAAGCUCUAACAGUUACACCUGGUUGGCGGUAAUCUUAAGCGUUCUGACGUUCAUCUACUGGCAAGGUCUCAGUCGUUAUAAUUCGAUUCUUGGUGGCUCUCCUUUGCGGGGCCCAAAAGUAUGGCCAUGGAUAGGCAACCUCCUCGAUAUCUUUAAAUAUGGAGGUAUACAUAAGAUGUUCUUAAACUAUUUCCGCAAGUACGGACGAGUACAUACGAUGUGUUUUGGUCGCACACCAGUUAUUGUUGUAAGCGAUCCUGAAAUUGUCAAGCAAAUUUUGGUCAAGGACUUUUAUAAGUUCCCAAAUCGACCUACCUUCAUUAAACCGAAUCCUCCACUGGAUUCAGGACUGUUUCAAGCGGAGAACGGCAAAUGGAAGCGCAUUCGCACUACAGUGGCUCCAACGUUUACAGCGAGCAAACUGAAAGAGAUUGUGCCGAUUAUAGACGAUGCCUCGCAAAAGCUUAUGGCCAAAAUGGAAAAGUUUGCCGAAACCGGUGAAUCAGUGGAUGUCAACCGUCUGUUUAGUCUCUUUGCCUUAGAGGUGAUCAUGAAAGCAGCCUUUGGAUUUGACAGCGACGUUCAAAUGAAUCCAGAUCCAGAAUUUGUCGAAAAAGCCAACAACGUCUUUAAAACACCAUUGGUUAUAAGAGUGUUCUCUUUGUUUCCCUUCUGGACCUACUUCAGCCGUUACUUCAGCAUCCUCCAAAAUGUUGAAUAUUUUAUUUCCAUAGCAAAAGAAAUGCUUCAAAAGAGGGCCAAGAAAGGUCCUACUGCAAAGAAAGACUUAGUGGAGCUUAUGAUGGAAGCACAGGAGAACAUCGUCGAUGGAGUCAGCAAGUUGAACGACGAUGAAAUCAUGGCCCAGUCUAUCACUUUCUUGGUGGCCGGCUUCGAGACAACCGGUAGCACUUUAACAAGCACAGCUUACCUCCUUGCUACCAAUCCAGCGGUUCAGGAUAAGCUCAUUGAGGAGAUCGACAAAGCAGAAGUAGAGAUGGCCCGUAACAACUCUUCUCUUUAUGACCAUGUCCAAAAACUCGGGUACCUGGAUCAAGUCAUCUCCGAGGUCCUACGCCUCUGUUCUCCAGCCUUUAAUCUUGUUCGUGGCUGUGAAGAAGAAGUGGUCUACAAAGGCAUCCGGUUUCCAAAGGGAGUUGAAGUCAACAUCCCGUCAUACGUGCUGCACCGGGACCCAGAGGUGUGGAAGAAUCCACUGCAGUUUAACCCUGAGAAUUUCUCCCCUGAAGCAAAAGAAAAACGGAACCCGUAUUCCUUCAUUCCAUUCGGAACUGGCCCGCGUCAUUGCCUCGGGAUGCGUUUUGCCCUAUUGGAGAUUAAAGUCGCCCUGUUGAAGAUCUUGCAACGAUUCAAAUUUGAGUGCGCUCCAGAAACCGUGGCUACGCUGGAGCACCGGGCGGUAAUUCUAAUGGCGCCAAAAGAUAUGAUAUACCUUAAGAUAAAAGCACGUUAGAACAGCCACGAAGCUUCUUAUUUGGUAGUAUUGCAUGUUAAAGUUGUCAACAUCAUCUUUAUGUGUAACCUCUUCUUAUAUUAUGUUUCGUACUUAUCUGACUGUAUGAAUUUAGGCACGUAACAAAUAAUUGCGAGGUCCAAUACACUAGUUCAGUAUCCUCCGCUCAGUACAUUUUAUGGUAAACGCAAUCAGUUAACGAAGAUCAGAAAUCUAUCCUGUUAUGUACGUAGAUUUUUUGAUCAGUAGCUUCAGUUAUAGCCAAGCUCACGCGGCGUAUCGAGAAAUAUUUUAUUGUGAUUAAUUAAGAUUUAAGUUGUCUGAAACAAAUAUCUCUUAACCCGUGUUUUUUUUUUUUAAAUAGAUAACAAAUCUGUAGAAGCAUUUUGUAAGUUUCAGCACUGGCUAGAUUUGCUUCUUUUAUUUUCGUUCAUUGUAAAAAUUCAUCACAGCAUGAUUCUAUUCCGCCCCCAAAUUUCGGCGCUAGUUUGAUUUAAGUUAUUCAAAAAACACACUUCCCAUUUUAUUUUAUUGUUUUGCUUCGCUUACAGAUGAAAUUUCUGAAGUUUUUUCUCGGUUAAAUAAUUUGCUCUGAUGAUAUUGUAUUCUUCGGACGGUUUAGCAUUUUUAUAUUUAUUUCGUUGCACCAUUGUUUAGUUGAAAAUAGAAACGGUUUUUUGUACCUAUCAGUUCGAGCACGAGGUAAGGAGAAGUUGUUAGAAGGACCAAGAAUAUAACAAGACCUUUUGGAGACGAAAUCAGGACAAAGGUCGCUACAAUAAGGCGGAUAUCGGCGAGGACCGGCAAGAAUCGGCGGGAAUAGGUUAACAACUGACAUACGCGUGUGCUCUUCGGUAAUCAGCAAUGUUGAAACCAAUUUAUAAUUAAUACUAC